AUGGGAAACAUUUUACGAAUUUUCUUUCAAAGCAGCUGUGACAGCAGCGGUUCUAACCAUGAUUUAUUCAUCGAUAUCCAAAGUAAGCAAUCAACAGAUGCUUUACCCGACGACGAAGAUCAAACUGCAUAUAAUGUAGUCAAUGGUGUUCUGGAACAUUCGUCACAAAUGGUUAAUGACCUCGAAUCUUAUAAAGGGGCGACUGAAGAGAUUCGAGAUGCGAUCUCGCAGCCCAAUAAUGACUAUCAGCAACGGCAGACUUGGCGAGAAGUCUGCAAAUUUGUUACAGUUUUAAAAAGAUUAUAUGAAUAUUCACAAGAAAUCGAGAAUAUUGUUCCACAAUUACUGUAUCCCUUAUGCAGUGGACCACGUACGCCCAUAGAGCAUUGCCAGAGUCAGCAGGCUCUGAUCAAGCAAUUUGCAGAAGUUUUGCAUUUUACUCUGAUAUUUGAUCGACUAAAGGAAGAAACCGUUGAAAUGUCAAUGGAUACUGCAAACAGAAUGUCUUUAUUUUAUGCAAGUCCAACUCCAAUGUUGAAGAUGUUAAGUAACGCGACAACAAAAUUUGUAGCUGAGGUUGGUGUCAUAAUUCUGUAUGAUCACGUUCAUCCAUUUGGAGCCUUUUCGAAAAAAUCUGAUAUAGAUGUUACAGGCGCUAUCAAGGUGAUUAAAAGUAACAAUUUAAACAAUAAGCAACAUCUACUUGAUGCUUUAAGGGUAAUGAAUUGCGGCCUACUGAAUGUUUAUCUGUAUGUUAUUUGUCAAUUAUUAUCAAUAAAGUACUAUACAUUAGUAGCGAAUCGCCUGUCCUUUAAGCAAACUUGCAACUUACGGAGAGAUCUAGAGAUUCAUACUUGCAACACGGAUUGGCAAAGUAAGGUAAAUUGUUGUGAUUCUGCUAAUCAGCAAGAUACACCUCAUAAAGGAAGUUCAAGCAUGUAA